AGGAAGCCAACAAAUCUCGGCUCGUUUCCAGCCCCAACCGUCUCACUUAUCACAGCUCACUCGCAAGCCAACCCUACCCCUUCCUUCACAAUUAUCUCAUUCACUCGUAAAUAAUCGAAUCAUCGUCUGCAGAUGUUGCUGUAAACCUGUAUACAUCAUCUUCUAAUCUCAUUCCUUUUUCGCAAUUGCAAAACCCCACACUUCACACUCAUAAAGCUUCCUCCACUCCUCUCUCUCUCUUUCUCUCUUUCCCCUAUCUAUCUCCAUUCUCCUCUACAUUACCUUUAAAUUCCUUUCAUAACAUCUAUGGAGGAUUACCUUCUGCUACUACUACUACGGUACUACCCCUUUUGAUUUGAUCCACUUCUUCUUACUCAAACCCUGAAAAUAUGCCGAAUUCGGAGAUGACCCAACACACCGAUGUCAUUGAUUUAGAAUGCGGUGGUAAUGGUGAAAAUGAAAUUGCUACACAUCAUCUCCGCCGUUCCACUUCAGACGACAAUCAAUGUUUUUCCGAUGCGGAAGAGGGUUCUUGUUACUCCCAAUUUUACUCGACUUACGGCGAUGGAAACUACGAUGAUCCUGAAAUCGGACACGCUUCCCGGAACUCGAGGAGAGUGUCGUCUGUCGGGUCCGAUUGUUCGGUGAAUGUCAUCGGAGAUGAGGGUAAAGUAGUUAUUGUGCAUUUGGGGAAGAAGGUUGAGAGAGAUUGCAGAAUUUGUCACCUGAGCUUGGUUGAUGAUGAUGGUGAUGAUGAUGCGAUUGAAUUGGGGUGUUGCUGUAAAGAUGAUUUGGCUGUUGCUCAUAAACAUUGUGCCGAGACUUGGUUCAAAAUCAAGGGAAACAAGACGUGUGAAAUUUGCAAUUCGAUUGUGAGCAAUCUGAUUGGUCCAAACGAGACGCCAUCGAUCCACGGAUCGAUGGAUAUGAAUCCCGGAGCAAUAAUUGUGGGCCCCACACACAUGUCAUCAGCAACACGAGGAGGUCGUGGAUGCAUCAAUGGUCACAGACUAUUGAAUUUCAUUCUAGCAUGUUUGGUUUUCGCUUUUGUGAUAUCAUGGCUUUUUCACUUCAAUAUACCAUCAUGAUGUACACAUAUAUAUAUAUAUGGUUGGUUAUAAUCCCAUACACGGGAGCAUAUAGUUAUUUCAAUGUUCAUUGUACACGUUACGCUGUUCAUUUUAAUGGUGGAAUGAGAACUUAAUUUUUUUUA